AUGUGGACCAUCUUAGGCGGCGGGCUGCACGUUACCGACCCUCGUGUUAAGCCUGAAAACCUCAAGAAAAUCAGCACUUAUCUCUUCGCAGAAGAGUUCUACUAUCUUCUUCUACAGUUCUUCAUAAAGAUGUCGUUCCUCUUCUUCUAUCGCCGCACACUCGAGGUCACACCAGGUUUUAGGAUCGCGGUAAUAACCACUAUGAUCCUGGUCGGCUUGCAGACGAGCGGCACAUGGAUUUUCUACGGCCUGCAAUGUAUCCCCAUCCAGGCCUUUUUCACCCCAGAACUUUAUCCGAACGCUGUCUGCAUUUCCUCUGGUCUAUCAUACUACUUGCCCUCCGUUGCUGUAAGUCGCUCGUCACCUGUCAGACUACUCUCCACUGACACUAUGCAGAACGUCUUCAUGGACGUAGUGAUUUAUCUCCUCCCGAUCUACCCUCUGUGGAACGUACAAACUACGGUCCGCCGCCGAAUCGGUCUGAUGUGCGUCUUUACCCUUGGAGGCUGCACGAUUAUGAUUUCGCUUCUUCGCUUCAUCGUCCUGUGGCAACUCGCAAACACGAAAGAUGUGUCGUACAUCUUCGGCUCCGUCACGAUCGUCACUUCUAUCGAAUUCGCGGUAGCGAUCAUCACCGCCAAUAUGCCUGGAAUGUACGGCUUCUACCGUGCAAGGGUAUCGAGAAAAGAGCAGAGUUCCACUGAGGGAUACCACUUUGGCAUUGCUACCCCUGGAUCCAAGGGCCGUUCUUUAGGGAACGCUAGUCGUGUAACAAAGGGUAGCAAACUGAGCACUCAUGGCGAGGAAGAUGAUGUAAGAACAGGGAGCCAGGACGAGCUGUACCCAAUGAGCAAUCUCGGCGAGAGCGAAGAGGAGCAGAAUAUACGCGUCACUACGAAGGUCAUAGUCGAAGGAGAAGAUCCCAAGAGAUUGCCCAGGAGUAGUCUCAGGAGCCUCAGAAAGGGACAUUGA